AUUUAUAUGAUCCCGAACGCCUAUCCAUUCUUCACCUCUUAUUUCCAAAACCUUUCUUCUUCUUCCUUCUUUCGGAGUAUGGACUCCUUGAUUCAAAGCCAAUUUGUGAAUAACAGAACCAUUAACCAUUCACAUUCACAUUCAGAUUGACAUGUCGCCGCCUCAGCCUCUUCACAAACCACUCUCAAAUUUCAACUCUCCUCCCGAUUUCUUCCUCGCAGCUCUCUCUCUUUUAUGCCUUUUCACUGCUCCCAAACCCUUCAAAUUCCCUUUUCUUUCUUUCCCUAAAUACCCUCGUCGCUUUCUCAAUUUACCCAUCAUGUCCCCCUCUCAACCCCCAUCAAAUCUUCACUCUUUCACCACUCCUCAAUCUCUCUCCGAUUGGCUCAAGCCUCGUUUGCCCUCCGAUUCCUUCACCUCCUGGGGCGUUAAACCUGGCACCAAGAAUAUCCACAACCUCUGGCUCGAAUUAUCCGAGGGAGAGACGUGUCUCGCCGAUUCCAUCCCUCCAAUUCGUACGGUUAACGUGGUUACUGUACGGAUUCUCGGGAAGAACAAUCGAAUUCUGGUUGAAUCCCACCAAGAAUUGUCGGAUGGCAGUGUCAGGAGUCGGUGGCGACCCUUGGCGGAGAAGAUGAAGGCCAAUGAAACCUACGAAGAGGCCGUGAUUCGUGCGGUGAAAGAAGAGUUGGGUAUUGAUGGGAACAAUGUGAGGAUCGUUCCUGGGUCGUAUAAUAAGAAGGUGGAGGAGCGGAGUUCCAAUUCGUAUCCGGGUUUGCCGGCUCUUUACGUUGUUCAUUCUGUGGAUGCCUUGGUGGAGGGAUUGCCAGAUAAUGAAGAAUUUUGUACUGAAGAGGCGGAGGAGUAUGCCGAUUCUUCUGCGGCGGCCGAGGCAUUGUGUGUGAAGAGGCAUUAUUGGAAAUGGGUUAGUUCUGAUUUUAUUGCUUCUUAGUAAAUUAUAAAGAUUUUUUACAUUAUACUAGUGAGAAGAUUUUGUUUAAAUAUGCAAGUACGAUUCUUCUGGUGAGAUAGGAGUGUAAAAUAAAGACAAUUUUAUUGAUCAUUGUCAUGUUUAUUGUAAAAGAGCUUAUCAGUCUGAGUAAUUCCAUUAUGAAGCGGGUAAAAUUAAGAUAAUUUUCACCAUCAGUUUGAUGUUUAUUGUAAAAGAGAUUUUCAGUCCAGUGAUUCAAUUAUGAAGCUAUCGGUUAUGAUUU